GGUAACAAAAAUAUAUUGGAAAUUCCUUUCUACAAAGGCAGGUAACAAGAGAAAGGCAGACUAUACAGCAGUCACAAGAAGAUUCAUUUUUGAAAAGAAAGACCUGUCUAUUCAGAUCAAAUAAAAUCGACAUGACUUGUGGAGUAAUUGUAUUGUUGACAGUUUUAACAACUACAUUUGUUAUCCAGAUAAAAUUGAGCACCUGUGAUAGUCAUGAAUGCGAUUCAUACAUACAUCCGCGAAAUAUUUAUAUAUUCAACAUGGUUCUUUGCAUUAUUGGGAUUGCAGCACUUUUUUUAUAUUUGAUUUUAUGGUCGGUUAACGAAAAGAAUGAAGAGACCGUUCAAAUGAGACAACACAAGAGUAAAACAGAUAUGUUGACAAAAGUAUUCAUGUGGAUAUUCACAUUCUUUAUAACUAUAUUUUCGAUGAUAACAAUUCUUAAUGUAAAAGAAAAAAUGAAUCACUUCAAAGAUUUAAACUCAACGGGGAUAAUUAACAGUACUUGCAAGUACAAGUUGUCGUAUGAUGAAUCGAUAUUUAAUUUUAAAAUUGUGCAAAUUAUCUUUUGUUUAAUUCAAAGUAUGUUUUUACAACUGACCUUUGGUAUUCGAUUUUACCGUUCCAUAUUGAUAAAGGUUGUUACAUUUUUCAUAUUUUGGGCAAAUGCAAGUCAUUUCGUUUUGAUACUAGUUAAUGCCUAUACAUCAUCGGAAGAUAAUUCUAGGAACAGUUAUAAGGAAUGUACACUUAGGCAAACAACAGAUUGGAGCGUAAAGCAGGCCUACGACGUAUUCGCUCAUUUUUGUAAGCCUAUGGAGGGGCAAUACUCCGUUCUUUGUAUGUUACAAAUAUUUGAAGUUUCGUCAAUUGGAGUACGUUAUUGCUGUACAUCAAAACAAGGUAACCAAAAGCACAAAUCACAGUCAACACUUGAACAUGCAAAUAACGAAGAGAAACCACUUUUGUCCAGACAUAAAACAGAUGAUAAAGAUGCUGACUCAAAAAACCUAAACAUAGACCCUCUAACAAAUGAAAGACCUGAAAAUGCAUGUAAAGACGCAGAAAACCUAAGCGUCAAUGUAGAUCGUACGAAAGCACUGAAAGAAUUAGCGUUUCAGCGAUACACACAGAUGAGUGGUAUUGCUGUAAUUUUCCUCUUUAUUCCGGAUUGUGCCACUUCAAUAUAUUCCCUUAGUCUAAAUAGAAUAAAUGAAUCGUAUGCUAGUUCAACUACAGUCAGAAGACUUAAUGGCGUUGAAACUAGCUAUUUUGUCUACCAUAUACUGCUUCAUGCUGUCAUGCUUCUUCUUUUUAUGUUUUGCUUUUACAUGCUUUAUGGAUCAAAAACAUACUUUGAAAAACUGACAGAUGGAAAGAUUCCAUCUUUCAAAUCAAGCUAUUUUGUUAUAUCACUGAGUUUCCUUGCGUCUUUCGCCUUUUAUGGUGUUAACCUAACAGCAUACGUUUUAUUUACACAGUCAACGCCGAUUACAAUUCUAAUAGUUGAAAAUUUAUUUUCCGUUCUACAGAUAUCAAUACAAAUGUUUUUGAUUUUAAAAGUAAACGAAUUGAAAAAAUCGAAGAUUUCGUCAUCCUUUCCACGAGCUUCAAUGACGCAUAUAUUCCUGAUAAUUUCUGUGAUGAAUCUAGGGUUUUGGUUUGCAAGUAAUUUUAUGGGAAUGUCAAACUAUACGAAAUUUGUUCUGACAGAAAUUUUGGGUGAUAAAACUCAACAUGCUUUGUGUCAUAUAUUUAUAGCAUUUGUUUGUUUCUUUCAUUUUAAAUCGUGUGCUAAAUUUUAUGAGUUAUUCCGUUAUCAGUAUGAUUUCUAAAACCGACCCUCGUCAUGUUGUUUGACCACUGUGGGAUAUGAACAUGCAACACUGUGGUCAUAAAUCACAAGGAAGGUAACUUUGUACUUUACUUUUUUUUCAUUGAUUUCUUGAGGAAAACCGCUUUAAAUUGUUUCAAUAUUGUAAAUUUUAUAUGAAAUACACCAGUAUAAUAAUUGAUAAGCUAUAUCAAUGUUUUAUACUGUACAUUUUGGGCUUUGAAAAGAACGUUAAUUGUUUUUCUUAUGCAUUUCUCAAUGACAUCUUAAAAAUGAAAAUUUAAUUUGAUAAUACUUAAAAGAGAAAAAUAACCAAAAGAAAAUAUAUGCGUGUUAUAUUUGAACAUUGGUAAAAUCAUUAAUACAUAUUUAUUUAAAGAGGACUGUCUGCUUCAUAAUGUCUUUGAAUUCGCACUGAAACUAGUGAUAUUUUAGCUCAAUGUUUGUUCAGAUUACUUCAAGUCAUAUUUUGAAUAAUCGGUCACCUUAAAAAUGCUUUUCAUAUAUUAAAACUGAUUUCGGUAACGUUUUGUUCUUUUGUUCUUCACAAAAUCAAAAAGCAAAAUGUCAUCGAAAAUAGAACUAAACAUCAUUAAAUAUGUUACAUGCUAACUGAAAUGAUAUGGUUCCUGAAUUUAGUCAUCGCUUAAUUAAGAUAAGUAUACUCAGCAGCCGAUUGAGACUGGACAACAACUUUGAUUUUAAGAAUAUUUGUAUAUAUACUAAACAAAUCAUUUUACUCUUUAAUAUAAAAAUUUCUAAAUUCUAUUAUCAUCAUCGGGUUUGAACUUACAUGAGCAAUACGACGGGUGCCACAUGUGUAGCAGGAUCUGCUUACCAUUCCAGAGCACCUGAGAUCAAACCCAAUUUUUGGUAGGGUUCGUGUUGCUCAGUCUUUGGUUUUCUAUGUUGUGUUUUAAUUUUUGUGUACUGUUAUUUGUCUGUUUGUCUUUUUUUUUUAUUCAUAGCGUUGUCAAUUUAUUUUCGACUUGUCAGUUCGAAUGUCCCUUUGGUAUCCUUCGCCUCUCUUCUGUUAUUGAUGUUGAAAUAAUUAUUAGUGAAAAUGGUCAUCCUUGUUUUACUUUUCCAAGUUUUUGAAUCAUGUUCAUAUGAUGUGUUUGUUGCAAAUCAUCCCCAAAUGGUUGUUCUGUAGAUUAAAAGAUUAAUUUUCUUAGGCUUUAACCGUUGUUUGGAUAACUCUGGUUAAUGUGUGAAUGCAUAUGACUAUCACUGGGUCGAUACCUCUGCUAGUGGACUGUAAGACCACAAGGGUAUCAUCAGCCCAAUAGCCAGGAUUUGAUUAAAUUGAAAUUUGCUGAUAUAGAAUUACGGGAAAUAAUUCAAAAUCAAAGAAUAUAUUUCUCUCAUGCAAAGCUCCGAUUUUUUAUCAGGAUUUGGCUAUAGAUAAUGUCAUAUUUGCUUUGAUCAGCUCUCCAACGUAUGUUUUAUGUUUUGGAUUUUUAAUCAGUUCGGCAUCGAGCAUCACUGAAUAGAGACCAGCUGGGCUUCUGGUGCAGUAAAUUUAUACCGUUAAUGCUAUUGACAAGAUAUGUUGAUAAUCCAGUCUACAAAGGUUUCUGCAUUUGGUUUAACCAGGGUUUCAGUAUAAUAAAUUGUUCAAGCUAGAAAUAGCUAUAAUUGUUAUAAUGUAUAUAAAGAACUUGAAUGUAAAAAAACAAUGAUAAAAUAAUGACAGUUAUGUUAUAUAGAAUAUGCAUGUAGAGAAUCAAAUGUCAUUUAGCGCUUGAAUUAUCAGCUUAACUGUAACUUGAUUUACUUCAUUAAUGUAAAAUAAAAAUAAUUUUAUAUAUUA